AUGUGGAUUCCCGAAGUUGAUGAAAUGGAAACGACGGGGGCAGUGGACAGCGCAGUGAGCAGCAGUAGAUGGAUCACCGGCGUUGGAGUGGGCAGGAUGGCCGAUGGGCAAAUUUUCUCACUCCACUUGGCACCCGGCCUGAGGUGGUUUUUUGCUCUAUUUCAUCACGGUCAUUGCACAGUUCACUUGCUACCUAUACGAACGAGGUUACUCGGCUUGGAAUGCUUGGACAUGCCCAAAAGCGUCGCACUAUCGGUCACGUACACACAACACAACACAUCACAACACAGCACAUUGAUACGGGAUCCGGCAACAUGGAAAAUGUGGCUGUGUUGUGGUGAGCAUCAAAAGCGGAAAAACCCUGAAAUGAAAGAUAUUGGCAGCUUGGCAUUGGAAAUCCGCAAGUGGAUGAGAUCACUCUUCAAUCGACGCAGCAAGACGCGGGGAGCACAGACAGAUCUGCCUGAAAGGGGGAAAGCGUGCUGA